UUAUUGGCGAAUUAAGAAGUUUUUGCCUGAGCGUUAUUUAGCAAGGAGAUCUAAGACGAAAAAAUGUAAACAAAAACCUGUUCAUGAAUAGCCGUGAAUAUAGGUGUAUCCUAAGUAGCAGACUCAUAACACGAACCCCUGGACGCCGGAUUCAUGGAUGCGAUUUCGUUGAUGUUGCUGUUGAUAUCCAAAGUGAAGUAAAGCCAGAAGCAUGUCACAAAAGACAGUGAUUUCUGUAGGUUUGAGUGGUUCACCAGCAUUUUCAGACUUGGAUGAAGACUUAGAUUUGACAGAUACAAAACUUUUAUCUUCGGAUGAUGAAGAGUUGAAGAAAUAUAUUGAUAUACCCAGUAAUAAAGAGAGUGUCACAUCAUCAGAUGGUGACUAUAUUGAGAGUUUCCGCUUUAUACCACUUACAUCAUCAUCCUUAGUUACCGGUGAGAAAACAGUUGUGACCACAAAGGAUGCUCCAGUAGUUGUGUUGUCUGAUACUGAUGAUGACUUGACUGAGAUAGAGUUGAAUUCCAAGUCAUUGGUUCCCAGUGAUCCACCAGAUUAUGAAAGUCCGGUAGAAGAUGAAAACCAAGACGUAAAACCACCACUGUUGGACAGACCAGAGAAGGAAGACUCAGAUGAUCUUGCUUAUGAUGAGUUACUGGAAAUGUGUGGACAAGAUGUUGGUGAUAUGGAUAACAGUAUGGAUACUGAUAAUAAUAUUCAUGAUGAUGAUGAUUAUGAGGAUGAUGAUGAUGAUGAUCAUUUUCAUAGGUCAGCAACCACUAAGGUCAAGGUUAAAAACCAUCUGAAGAGAGUAUCACCGUACAGGGUAAAGGACAGAAUUCUACCUGUAAAAGGUAAAGGGAAGCAACCAGUGUCUGGAGCGUGCAGGUUCAAGUCCACCCAAAAGAAAUCGUCGUCACCUGUAGCAGAUGGUACAGAUCAGGAGCUGGUGUUCCGUGACUCUGCAAGACCUAUAUGUUAUGGAGAUGGCCCUAUUGACAUUAAUGUUCAAGUUAAGGAAGAAGAGAAGCCAAUUGUGCCGCCGCCUCCAAUGGUUUGUGAGUCAUGUGAGAAGGAGGAAGGUCAUAACAAUGUGGUGCAGUGUUGCGACGGUCACAUUGUCUGUAUGAGGUGUGUCGAGGUUUCCACCAAGAAAAUUCUUGUUGGAGAAAAGAAAGGUUCUGUGGAAUGUCCAGGAAAAGACUGUACCAGUUCUGUUCCAUUGAGCGAAUUAAGGAAGGCACUGCCAGCCAUUGUACUAGACUUGCUAGAAGACAAAUGGAAAAAAGAAACCCUGGAGGCUCUAGAGAACAUGAAAGAUGCUGUCAAAUGUCCUGGGUGUAACUUCUCCGCUGUGUUGGAUAUGAGUAUGAAAAGAUUUCAGUGUGUCCAAUGUAAGGAGGCAUACUGCCGUUACUGUGAUAAAAAGUGGACUGAGCGUAAAACACACGACUUGUGUAUACGUACCAAACAGUGGACAUCAACAGUUACUGGAAAUGUGGUCAAUAUACCAGCGCAAUGGUCAGAUGGUGACACAGCUGACACAGACUGUAUAGAUGGUAAAUCUGAGAGCCAUACCUUAGUUGAACUUGACUCAACCUCGGCAGAAUUUUAUGAUGUUGUACAUUUUAUGAACAAACACAUGAAAUCAACAGUAAAGAAGAUCUUCAGAAUUCAGAAUGAGAGACUCUGGGAAAAAUAUUCUUUGACAAGAAGUCACAUGGUCGCUGACCUUGGAGAACUCAAUAUUAAUGAAAAAAGAUUGUUUCAUGGUACCCAUGCAGAUGUUAUUGAAGCCAUAUGCAAGGAAGGAUUUGAUUGGAGGCUUUGUGGAAAACAUGGCACAGUGUAUGGGCAAGGGACAUAUUUUGCCAAGAGUCCUGUGAUCUCACAUCGUUACUCAUCAGGAAACUUGUCUAGAAGAGGCCGAAAUAUUAAUUCUGGAGGAUCAGGAUUGUUUGCAAUGUUUUUUGGUAAUUCUGGAAGACAGGCAUCUCAAUACAAGCCACCACUGAGGUUUGGGGCUCCGAUAACCACUUCGCAAAGCACAGGAUUUACAUUCGGAGCAACAACAACAACGCAAAGUUCAGGUUUCACAUUUGGAGCAAGCAGAUCUUCACAACCAAGUUCAAGUUUUGCAUUUGGGUCACCAGCUUCUGCCUAUCAUCAAGGUUUUAACCUGGGUGCUGCGCCGACAACAACAAAUUCAAGUUUUGCAUUUGGAUCUGCAUCAACAUCAAAUGCAAGCACAGGAAUUGCUUUGGCAGCAUCUACAAACAAUCCAAAUACUGGUUUUAGAUUUGGUUCUUCAGGAGCCAACCUGAAUCAAGGAUCUGGCAGCAAUGUAGGACUUUUUGGUGCAGCAUCAACUGUGAAAAAACACAAGUUAUUACCACAUAGUAGAAAUGACAAUGAUUAUAUCAGUUUGCCUGAUCCUACAUGUUUGCAUAGCCAACAAAAACAAUCCACUGUUUCUUCCACAACUGGUGACAGCUCUUGUUCUGGUUCAAAGAAAUCUUCUAACUGUAUAUUUUGUUCACCGAAAAGGAAAGCAGGUGAUUCGGGUCCUUCAACGACAGCAGUAGCAGCAGUACUGACAGGAGCAACACCGGCACCAGCUGUGUCAGGAACCGGCUCCACAAACAGUGGAAGUGGUGGAGCCAUGACAGUCAAUGACUUUCGUCAACACUUGUUGAAAUCGCAAAAACAGAUGAUAGAACAGCAAAAAGCAGCGUUAAAUUCAAUGUUUCAAGGUAAUACUGGUGCACAUUUGUUUGUGAGAGCUAUUCCACCUACAUCUGCUUCAGGCUUUACUGGGAGUGGAAGUGGAGGAAGUGGUACAUCUGGUUUCUCAUUUGGAACGGGUUUUAGUAAUUCAAAUGCCGGCGGAAGCAGUAAUGGAAGUCGAGGAAAUUCUGCUGGAAAUGUUGGAGGGUUUCAUUUUGGUGUGGAUUCUGAUAAAACCAGUGAUAAUGACCAUUUCAUGUUUCUUGCACGUGUCCUGGUAGGACGCUCUUGUAUGGGAACGCACGAGAUGCGACGACCUGCUAAGGAUAGAGAGGGACGUGAUACACAUUCUGCAGUGGAAAGGGAACAUAAACCAAGCAUCUUUGUCAUAUUUGAUAAUAACCAGUGCUAUCCUGAGUACAUUAUUCAGUAUACAACAUCAUCUGUAGGAUAGUCCAUUUGGACUUCACGGGACUGCUCAUGAAUUCAGGUUUUUGAUUGCAAGAAUCUGUCCAUAUACAUGUCACUUUGUAUUUGAAAAAGACUUUAAGGCAUUACAAAGUAGGAUUUAAGUCACUUUAAUUUUAACUUACCGGUAAUACCCGGAAGCUGUAAUUUACAAUAUAUAUUUGGGGCCUUUCAUAAUGACUGUCAGUUCUUAGAAUACAUAGAAUUCUCAACAAGAAGAAAGCAGUGAACUUGAUAAGCUUUGGCAAUAUGAAUAUGUUAUGUGAAAGAUGGGCAGUAUAACUCUGUUUGCUCUUCACAUUUUUGCGCUCUCGACUUUUCAAAGAAUAGUCUAGCUAUUCUACUCACCCUGGCGUCGGUGUCGGCAUCACACCUUGGUUAAAGUUUUGCAUGCAUGUACAUAUGGCUAUCAUUUAAAGGCAUAUAGCUUUGAAACUUAUUACUUCUUUUCUUUUUUGAGGUCAAUUACCAACCUCGCUAGGUCAAGUCCCAUAACUCUGACAUGUAUUUUAGCCAAAUUAUGCCCCCUUUAGGAUUAAAGUUUUACAUGCAAGUUACUAUCUCCAGAACUAAUGCUGAUAUUGAAUUGAAACUUCACAUGUGUCUUUGUGGUUAUAAAACUAGGUGAUAGCAUCAAGUCCCAUAACUCUUCACAUGCAUUUUGGCAAAAUUAUGCCCCCGCAAAAGGGGGCUUAGAAAAUCGUUGUAAAAGUGCAAGUACAUAUAGCUAUUACUUAAAGGCAUAUAGCUUUGAGGCUUAUUUAUUCUUUUUCUAGGUCAAUUUACAACCUCGCUGGGUCAAGUUCCAUAAUUCUGACUUGUAUUUUGGCGAAAUUAUGCCCCAUUUUGGACUUAGAAAAUCCUGGUUAAAGUUUUGCGUGCAAGUUACUAUCUCUAAAACUAAUGCAGAUACUGGAUUGAAUCUCUAUAGAUAUUUUAACAUUUAUGGUAAUAUUCCUGCUUCUGGGACAACAAUUAGAAUAGUCGAGCAUUGGCUGUCUUACCGAUAGCUCUUGUGUUUUUUUUUAGCUCACCUGAGCCAAAGGCUCAUGGUGAGCUUUUGUGACCGCUCAAUGUCAUUCGUGUGUUGUGCGUCGUCCGUUGUCCAUUUGUCAACAUUUUCUAAAAAAAUCUUCUUGAAAACCACUGGGCAGAAUUACACCAAACUUCACAGGAAUGAUCCUUGGGUGGUUCCCUUUCAAAAUUGUUCAAAGAAUUGAAUUCCAUGCAGAACUCUGGUUGCCAUGGCAACCGAAAUGAAACACUUUAAAAAUCUUCUUGUCCAAAACCGCAAGGUGUAGAGCCUUGAUAUUUGGCAUGUGAAAUCAUCUUAUGGUCCUCUAUCAAGAUUAUUAUUGUGCCCCAGGGGUGAAAAGAGGCCCCGCCCCGGGGUCACAAGUUUUACAUAGACUUAUAUAGGAAAAAAACUUUAAAAAUCUUCUUGUCUAAAACCAAAAAACCUAGCCCUUUGAUAUUUUUUAUGUUAAGCAUUGCCUUGUGGUCCUCUGCCAAAAUUGUUCAAAUUAUGUCCCUGGGAUGAAAAGAGGCCCUGCCCCUGGGGGUCUCAAGUUUUACAUAUAGACUUAUAUAGGAAAAAAACUUCAAAAAUCUUCUUGCCUGAAAAUGCAAGGCCUAGGCUUUUGGUAUUAAGUAUGUUGCCUUUCCUAGUGUUUCUCUACCAAAUUUGUUCAAAUUAUGUCCCUAGGGUGAAAAGAGGCCCUGCCCUUGGGAUACCAAGUUUAACAUAGACUUAUAUAGGAAAAAAAAAUUAAGGAUCUUCUUGUCUGAAAGUUCAAGGCCUAAGCCUUUGAUAUUUGGUAUGUAGCAUUGCCUGGUGGAUCUCUGACAAGUUUGUUCAAAUUAUGCCCCUGGGGUGAAAAGAGGCCCCGUCCGGGGGGUCACUUGCUAUAGUGAUGCGUUAUAUAGAAAAAAAUACUUCAAAAAUUAUCAGAUCAUAUUUCCUAGACUGUUUAAUUAUAAUUACCAGAUGACCCCCAAGUGAUUAGGGAUCACUUGACUGUGACCUUAACAUACAGACCUACUUUCUUGUUUUUUUCAAGAUACAGCCUUGAAAUUUGGAUGACAUAUACAGUUUUGCACACUGAUCUUAAAACUGACUCUCAGUUACCAUGAAUGUGUCCUACUGAUCUACCUUCUUAAUAUUUUAGCACCAGUUUGCCAUUUGAAACAUGUGGCUCAUAUUACUCAGGUGAGCAAUCCAGGGUCAUCAUGACCCUCUUGUUGAUUCCUGUUACCCUUCUCCAACUUUCCCGUCCCCCCAUUACACCUGCUCCCUGUCCCAACGCAUGGUAAAUUUUUAUGCCCCCGAAGGGAGGCAUAUAGUUUUUGAACCGUCUGUCUGUCUGUCAAUUCGUGUCCGGUCCACAUCUUUGUCAUUGAUGGAUGGAUUUUCAAAUAACGUGGCAUGAAUGUGUACCACAGUAAGACUACGUGUUGCAUGCAAGACCCAGGUCCGUAGCUCAAAGGUCAAGGUCACACUUAGACGUUAAAGGUCAUUUUUCAUGAUAGUGCAUUCGUGUCCGGUCCAUAUCUUUGUCAUCCAUGGAUGGAUUUUUAAAUAACUUGGCAUGAAUGUGUACCACAGUAAGACGAUAUGUCGCACUCAAGACCCAGGUCCGUAGCUCAAAGGUCAAGGUCACACUUAGACGUUAAAGGUCAUUUUUCAUGAUAGUGCAUUGAUGGGCGUGUUCGGUCCAUAUCUUUGUCAUUCAUGCAUGGAUUUUAAAAUUAUUGAGCGUGAAUGUGUACCACAGUAAGACGACGUGUCGCGCGCAAGACCCAGGUCCGUAGGUCAAAGGUCCUAAACUCUAACAUCGGCCAUAACUAUUCAUUCAAAGUGCCAUCGGGGGCAUGUGUCAUCCUAUGGAGACAGCUCUUGUUUUCGUAUAUGUAUACAGUGAGAAACACUCUCGGAAACUGCUGGCCCAGUUUUACAGUAACUUCAUAGGAAUGCUUUUUUGGCGACCCUGUACCAAAGUUGUUUAUAUUAUUCUCUACCGAGAGGUUAAAAGUCAUCUUGAUUAAAAAAAGAAAACAAAAACAAACAAAAAAUGGCUGCUAAGGGUGAGACUACUUAUGAAAAGCUUCAUCUCUGAAUCUGGCGGUCAGUUUUCGAAGUAAUUCUUCAGAAUGGUUUUGAGCUGAAACAAUCCCCAUAACUCUGAUUUGAAUUUUGACAGAGUUAUGCCCCUUUUUAACUUAGAAUUUUUUGGUUAAAGUUUUUGAUAAAAUCAAGUAUCUUUGUUACUAUCAAAGCUUUUGACUUGAAACUUAAACUAGUUAUUUACUAUCAAAGUCUACAUCAGGAGAAACAAUCCCUAUAACUCUAAUUUGAAUUUUGACAUGCCCCUUACUUCAGAGUCAAGCACUUAGAAAAGCCGAGUGUGCCGUCUUACAGACAGCUCUUGUUCUUCAAAGGGUAACACUUCCAGAUACAUGUUUGUACAUUGUAAUAGGGGAAAAAUUAAAAAGAAAACAAUUUGGCCAUUUCUGGCAAUAAUUUAUAAAAAAAACGAAAAAAACAAAAAACACUCAUAUUGCCUGUACUAACACACUGAAAAAUUGCUAUGCACUGAUUUAUUCACACAAGUUUAAUUUGAUUUACACUGGAAGAAAGUAAGAUCUACUGUGCCUGAUAAAAUAUCAAGUUGUUUAAUUUUUGUAGGACAUCUUUUGUAAAUUCUUAGUACCGGGGUAUAUUUGGAAAACUAAUUUCUUUGACAUUAUACUUUAUGACUGCUGACAAAACAACACUUGUAGAAACAUUAUUUCUUUGAUUUUGAAUUCCAAAAAUAAAAAAAAAAUGGAAAGUUUAUUACAUUUGUUAGAUGGAAUUAGUUUUAAGACUUGACAAACUCCACAAAAACUAGUCCCCUUUGAAUGAUAAUAAGGCGUAAAAAAAAUUGUUUGUUUCCAGUAUCCCGACCUACCCUAAAUUUUUGGCCUACCCUUUUUAUGCCCUUUGGAGAAUAUUUAUGCCCUUUGGAGAAAACUGCACUUUCUAUUCUUUAAACAUGGUCAGUGAUGUUAGAAAUCAACUUACUGAUGCUCUAAAGGCAUAACCCCCUUAUUAGUCCCCUACUGGUUGAAAACCAGUUUCGGGGACUAUAGGAAUGCACUUUUCUGUCCAUCUGUCCGUCUGUCUGUCCGUCCGUCUGCAAUUUCGUGUCCGGUCCAUAACUCUGUCAUCCAUGAAGGGAUUUUAAUAUUACUUGGCACAAAUGUACCUCAUAAUAAGACGAUGUGUCAUGCACAACUUUCAGACCCCUAGCUCAAAGGUCAAGGUCACACUUAGCAGUCAAAUGUUAACAUAGCAUGAACAGGGUCUGUUUCGUGUCCGGUCCAUAACUCUGUCAUCCAUCAAGGGAUUACAAUAUUACUUGCCAUAAAUGUUUCCCAUGAUGAGACGACGUGUCAUGCGCAACACCCAGUACCCUAGCUUAAAGGUCAAGGUCACACUUUGAGAUCAAAGGUCAAGAGGAUUUUUUUCCUGUCCGGUCUAUAACUUUGUCAUGCAAAGCAGGAUUUAGAUAUCAGUUGGCACAAAUAUUCCCCUGGAUGAGACAACAUGUCAUGCGCAAGAACCAGGUCCCUAGGUCUAAGGUCAAGGUCAUAUUUAGAGGUCAAAGGUCAAAUUCAGGAAUGACUUUGUACGGAACAUGUCUUCUUCAUGCAUGGAGGGAUUUUGAUGUAACUUGGACCAAAUGUUCACCACCAUGAGGCACCCUUGUUUUUAGAAUUACGUCCCUUUGUUAUUACUAUAAAUAGAUUUUUUAUUACUGGCGGUAGAGAAAAAUCGAGACCACUUUUCUGUGGUACAGCAUGCAUGUUACAUCCAAUUUUUAGGUGUAUUUUGACCUAUCUCUACCUGGUAAAGAGUUUCUUGUGGACUUAUAUUAUAUAGAUUUUUUUUUUUUUUUUUUUUUUUUUUAAAGAUUAAUUUCCCUUUGUUGUUACUAUAAAUAACUUACAUGAUAACAUUUUUAUAAUCAGCCAAAAAAAUUCAAUAUGAAAACAACCGUGGGUUUUUAUAUAUGCACAUUUUAAUCCAAGUGUGUUGUUAUAACAUAUUGUAUAUGUAGUACAAUAUUGUUUAUACAUCAUUGACAGAUAUCAGUUCAUUAUGUUAUACUGCAGUAGAGAAAAUUAGGUGCCUUCCAGUAGGGGACUUUGUAUUGCAUGGCAAUACUUCAUUCGCUUGUUUGUAUUAAUUUUUUAACACAAAAAUCAUUUCCAAAAAGUCUCACUUAUAAUAAAAAUAAAUAAAAAAAAAAUAAAAAAAUUCUGACCUACCUUCCCUAAUUUUUUUUUUUUAAGCCUGAUAUGUUUAACUUGUUUUGUUAAUACAUGUCUUAACUCAUGAGUAUGUACCUUAUAUACAUUUUUUUUUGUAGUUUUGCAACUUAGUCAUUGUACUUUUUGCUAAAUUAAAUAGAAAUUCAUGAAAAAAAAAACCAAUAUAUUAAUCAGACAGCAGUGGUACAAACAAGUCUUAUUUAUAAAACCACUUAUAUAUAUAUGCAAAUGUUGAACCAGUACGAAUGUGUAGUACAAUUCGGGCUCGUAUGUAAAGCAGUAUCGAAACUAAUCUUAUUGGGUUAGUGGACUUGCUGUGGCAUGUGCGUGUUCGUUUGUACUGCUAGGCGCUUUGCCGUAAUUGGUCUGGUAUAUUGUGGUGGUGAUUUAGUUCGUAUUAAUUAAUUUUCUCUACUAUAUAAUAAUUUAUAAUGCGAACUUGUAUCCUAGCGGAUCUCACGUAUGGAAAAGUCAACUGUUCUGAAUAUAAUUAUAUCCCUUAACGCAAAUAAUCUAUAUAUAUUCAAUGUAUCCUCGGGAUCCAGGUAACUUUCAGAGAGAAAAAAUAUAGCUUCUCUGGUCCCAAUCAGUUAUAAAGACUAAAAAGUCACUACUGAUUUGUGAGACACGAAAACAGAGAUUUGAGUAUAUAUAUGCAAAUGUUGAACCAGUACGAAUGUGUAGUACAAUUCGGGCUCGUAUAUAAAGCAGUAUCGAAACUAAUCUUAUUGGGUUAGUGGACUUGCUGUGGCAUGUGCGUGUUCGUUUGUACUGCUAGGCGCUUUGCCGUAAUUGGUCUGGUAUAUUGUGGUGGUGAUUUAGUUCGUAUUAAUUAAUUCUAUAUAUAUAUAUCAUGUAUUUUGUUUUCUUGAUUUUAAGAAGAUCAGUUUUGUAGAGUUUGUUUUUCCUUAUAAUACUCGUAUAGAAAACUAUUUCACACACAUAUGUAUCUGAUAAAUAACUGCUGACUCUAUAAAUAUGUAUUAUUAGAAUAAAAAAAAGUAGGUAGAAAAAGAAAACUGAAAAACAGUAUAUAAUCCAAAAUUAUCAAAACAGAUUAUUAGAUGCUAUACAUAAACAAAUUUAGCAAAUUUAGCAAGGUAAAAAGGCAUGACAACUUGUGACAGAAUUUAUUUGCAGCAGUGCUUUUAGCAUUUAAAUUAUUAAAAAUACUUUUUUUCCCCUUUUUCCAAAUUUUGAAACGGAAUUGAUUGAAUGUUAUAUUUUUCACAAUUUGAUUUACAUUUUACUUUAAAACAUAUUCAUGAUAUUCAGUUUUUUUUCUAUAUAGAUAUUUUUAAUCUGAAUAAGUGAUUUUUGCAUUUCAGAAUGGCUCACUGGGUGUAUUGUUCAACCAUUUUAGCCUGAAUACUGUGAAAUCUUAAUAUUCAUGGGGGACUUAUUUUUGUCUUUAUGUAAAUCAUACUACUUUGCGGACUUUUAAACUUUGAUAAAAACGAGGGUCAGGGUCACCAAAUACAAGUUUGAAAAUUAGACUUCUGGAAAUAACAAUUUUAUUUUUGAAUUCUAUGAAUUAUCUACUAUUUAUGGAAAAUGAAGUUUUUAACAAAAAAAUGACAUAUUGAAAAAAAAAAAGCAGUUUGAAGUCACGUCUAAAUUACAGAGUGAAAUGCUUACUGUAUACAGGUCUGGAGUCUCUGAAGUUCUAAAUGCCACCUCCUGUGUGCAUUAGAUUAAUUUAUAAUAGCAAUAUUGUCAAUAAAUAUUUAACAUGAACUCUUUAAAAAUCUGUUAGUUAACUUCUGAAUCCAAACAGAUUUUAACUGUUCAAGGUUGUCAAUAGAUCUCAGUUUUUGUUUUGUUGUUUUCUAUAUGUUUUCUGUUAUUUGUGUGUUUUUACUGGAUAUAAAAGAAUAUAUGAACUAUUUUCAUCUGUGUAAAUUCGUUAUUCUCAUUGUCUUUUUAUAGACACACCAAAAAAAUGUUUCAUCUUGUAUAAUAAUAUCUGUUUUGAAGAAAAAUAAAUAAAUAUAAAACUGAUAUUAAAAUUAUUUCUUUAAA